AUGGCUUUUUCUCGCAUUGCGUUAUUCCUAGCCAUCUCCAUGGUUUUGUUUUCGUCAGUUGCAAUGGCAACUGAUUACAAUGUGGGGGAUCAGAGUGGCUGGACUCUUGAUUUUAACUACACACAGUGGGCCCAGGACAAAGUUUUCCGUGUUGGUGACAACCUUGUGUUCAAUUAUAACAACUCAAGACACAAUGUGUUCAAAUUGAACGCUACACAAUUCCAGAAUUGCAGCUUCCCACCAUCAAAUUCAAACAAUUCACUUUCAACCGGAAAUGACGUUAUUCAACUGAAACUCGAAGGGAAGAAGUGGUACGCUUGUGGCGUUGCAAACCACUGUUCUGAUCAUCAAAUGAAGCUUGUCAUCAACGUUGUAUCCGAAGGUCCUGCACCUGCUCCUUCUUCUGCUGUUGUUUCUUCUCUAUCUGGGGUUCUUAUGGUAGCCAUCGUUGCUAUUUCAGCCUUCUUCGCCUGA